CUCCCGGUCGCGGCGCGGCGCCGCCGCCAUGGCGCUGUCGCCCUACGUGCAGGCCAUGCAGGAGCUGUUCCGCGCCAACACCCGGAGCCGCGAGUUCCCGGCCCACGGCGCCAAGGUGCACUCGGUGGCCUGGAGCUGCUGCGGCCGCCGCCUCGCCUCCGGCUCCUUCGACAAGACCGCCAGCGUCUUCCUGCUCGAGAAGGAUCGGCUGGUGAAGGAGAACAAUUACCGGGGCCAUGGGGACAGUGUGGAUCAGCUCUGCUGGCACCCCAGCAACCCUGACCUCUUUGUCACGGCAUCGGGGGAUAAAACCAUCCGCAUCUGGGACGUCCGCACCACCAAGUGCAUUGCCACUGUCAAUACCAAAGGGGAGAACAUCAACAUCUGUUGGAGCCCUGAUGGACAGACCAUUGCAGUGGGGAACAAGGAUGACGUGGUCACUUUCAUUGACGCUAAGACGCAUCGCUCCAAAGCUGAGGAACAAUUCAAGUUUGAGGUGAAUGAGAUCUCCUGGAACAACGAUAACAACAUGUUCUUCCUCACUAAUGGGAACGGCUGCAUCAACAUCCUCAGCUACCCAGAGCUGAAACCCAUUCAGUCCAUCAACGCCCAUCCUUCAAACUGCAUCUGCAUCAAGUUUGAUCCCAUGGGAAAGUACUUUGCCACAGGCAGUGCUGACGCGUUAGUCAGCCUCUGGGAUGUGGAUGAACUGGUGUGUGUGAGGUGCUUCUCAAGGCUUGACUGGCCUGUGCGAACGCUGAGCUUUAGCCAUGAUGGGAAGAUGCUGGCAUCAGCAUCAGAAGAUCACUUCAUUGACAUUGCAGAGGUGGAGACAGGAGAGAAGCUCUGGGAGGUGCAGUGUGAGUCCCCCACCUUCACAGUGGCCUGGCACCCGAAGAGGCCACUGCUGGCCUUCGCCUGUGAUGACAAAGAUGGCAAAUACGACAGCAGCCGGGAAGCAGGCACCGUCAAGCUCUUCGGGCUCCCCAAUGACUCCUAAUGAAACCGCACCGGGCGAGGCAAUGCUUCCCUGCUCUCGGGGACAUGAGAGUGCUUAGUUAGUAUAGGUCGGGGUAAGGAGAUGGCUCCCCUCCUUGCCUGCUUGGCAGCACUGUGACCUUUGGCUGUGGAGUGCGUGCUGCUCUUGGGAGCAUUUGUAAAAAAGCAGCUUGUGUGCUGGGGAGGGUGGGGGUAUGCUAGCAGGGCCCCCCUCCCGUCUGAGGGCUGCCGCCUCCUCUCUGAGGCACGGGGGGCUUGUUCCAAACGCAAGUGGCCAAAGAAAGUCAGUCACUGAAGGUGACUGCUGAGGAGCCUCCCAUGAGAGGAGCUUUGCUCUAGCCAGGCUCCCCAGCAGUGAUAAGCUAUGUGACCGUCCCCUUGUCCCCAACAGCUGGUGGCGAGGGCAGCCCUGGGAGCACAGUCUGCCCCUUCCCCUCCCAGACAUCCCGUGUCCCUUCCCCGCACUGGGUCAGUGAGGGGAGGGUGGGGGGAUGCAAGUUGGGGGAUGUUUCCCCAG